AUGGCGAAGCUGAUUGUGGUCAUAGCCCCUUAUGCUCCCGAAGGCAAGCCGACGCGACCGGCCGCAUCUCCAGACAGCAGUUUUUACUCGACUACCACAUAUCCCUCGUCCACCGGGGGCAGUGAUGCUCCCGAGGAGGCAAACCUCACAUACAAGCAGCGCCCAAAGUACGUGAGGCUAUCAACGCUUAUCUCCAUAACAGACGACAAGGGUGCAGUCAUGAACUCCUCACCAAAGCCACAACCUCUGAACUGGACAAGCACAGAAGCCAAUCUCCAGCGCCUCUCCGUCAAAAGCGGCCUUUAUGCUUGUGGACACGGUCAUCGCCCAGGACCCCGACAACUAACCGGAAAAUCCCUCGUACAUCUUGUCGGCCACGCUGAUUGCCGGCGGAUCGGGCCCUGCCCACCAGUCGCUUCACGCAGAAUGGUUACGCCAGAAGGGAAGCAAGCGAACAUUUGGGCUUCUGGUCUUCCUUUCUUCCCCACUCGCUGUAGAGAAGAUCUUGGAGCGGUCUAG